AGUCCAGUUAUUCUUAUAUACAGUCUAUGGUCUCGAUAUAAAUAGGAAAAAUAUCUUAAAUUUCAGGAGGAGAACAAUAUGCUUCUUCUACAUGGAGGUUUUGGAUUAAAGUUUAGAUAGUUGAACUCAGGACGCACUGUGAUGUCCUAAUCGCACCGCCACACCCAGAAAGUGCUUCUGCUGGUCUGACCUCAGUGAUCGACACUCAAAACUCUCCGGAGUUCUGAUCCCGACUGAACAUUGAGUUAACAGUGAAGCAGGACGCCUCUGAGGCAGGAAUGGUGCUCGGUGGGAAUGCAGCUUCUGGCAGUGGAGCCACCAGCAGUGUGUGAAUGUGUGUGUGUGCAUGGCUUAACAAGACUGACUGUGAACCACUUCAGACCUCAGAACUAGGCAGAAAAGCCAUUUACCAUUCUGAACCUUUCUCAGAGAUUCCACGCCUCUUUAGAUUCAUCCCACUUUCAUCCUGUGUCCUGUCAGCUGUGACCCUGUAGGAUUCUGGUGUGUCUUCCAGGCUGUUUCUAUUGUUGGAGAGGAAGUUUUUAGCUUCAACUUGAGCCUGACUCCAAACGCCACAGACGGGGCAGCCUACAUAGACACCUCCAAGACAGAUGGAGAAGUCAUGCUGAACCUGGGGUGCAUCCAGGUGGUUUACCUGCACAAGUUUUUCAUGUCGCUGCUGAACUUUACCAACAACUUCCAGGCAGCGAAAGACACCCUCAGUAAUGCGACAGCUCAGGCUGCAGAGAAGGCAGCAUCCAGUGUUCGAGACUUUGCUCAGAAGAGUUUCCGUCUUUCCAUGGACAUCAGGCUGAAGGCGCCGCUCAUCAUCAUCCCACAGUCCUCAACUUCCCACAAUGCUCUUGUAAUCGACCUAGGUCUGAUUACAGUGACAAACAGCUACAGGCUGCUGUCCAUCGAAGGCUGUCCACUACCAGCUGUUAUUGACAUCAUGGAUGUCCAGUUAGGGGACUUGAAGUUGUCCAGGUCGUGUGUGGAGUCAGAUUCAAGUGCAGCCAUUGAGCUCCUGGAGCCUGUUAACCUACACCUGGACAUCCAGAGAAACCUGUCAGCUUUCUGGUACAAGAAGAUGGCUGCAGUAGAGAUUCAUGGAAACCUAAAACCCUCGAAGAUGGAUCUGAGCCAGGAUGACCUGACCAUGCUACUCAGGAUAGUGACGGAGAACCUGGGAGAGGUUGCUGCAAGUCUUCCUAGUGGCUCCAGACAAGACAAUAGCCAGCUGCUCCAGGUGCCCAAAAGUUCUUUGACAGGUAUGGCAGGUUAAUAUUGGACCUCCUGACCAAAAGAGGAAAGAUACCCCGAAAGACAAUCUAACCAAAGGGAAAACUGACGUCUAAACUUUCUAGAAGGGGAAAGAAAAUGGCAUCAAAACAGAAAAUAAAAAAAACUACUCCAGGAAUUAACAAAGACAGCGAACCCGAGCAACACGUGGAAGCUAAUGCUAACUCGGCUACAGCUAACCAGCCCGGAGUGAACACGGAAGAAGACCCGGCGAGCCUGACGCUAAUACUUAAAGAACUAAGAGAAUUUAGGCAAGACAGCAACCAAAAACUAGAAAACAUCAGGGGAGAUAUCGCCAAGACGAAUGCAAGACUAGAUGAUGCGGAAGAAAGAAUUACGGAGAACGAAGAGAGGCUUCAAAAUGCAGAAGAAGCACUAGCUGAAAUGCUAAAAACACAAGAGCAACUCCGAGCGAAGUUAACAGAUCAGGAGAGCCACUCUAGGAGAGAAAACGUACGAAUUUACGGGAUUCCCGAAGGAGCAGAAGGAAGCCCGACGGCGAUGAUCCUCUUCAUGGAGAAGCUGCUAAAAGAAAACCUCGAUAUCGCCACAACAACGGACAUGAAGAUAGAAAGAGCACACAGGGCGCUCGCGCCGCGACCACCACCUGAAGCACCACCCAGAUCCAUCUUGGUCAGGUUCCUGGGCUUCAGAAUGAAGGAAGAAGUGAUUUGGCUGACAUGGCAAAAAAGGGGCUUUAUGUUUGAAAAUAAGAGGAUCAGCCUGGACCAUGACUAUGCGCCGGAAAUCCUGAACAGAAGAAGAGAAUACACUGAGGCUCGGAGAGUUCUAAAAGAACACAAGAUCCGGUUUUAGACCCUCUUCCCGGCUCGACUGAGGGUUUUUUAUGAGGAUGGUACAACAACUUAUGAGACUGUGGAAGAGGCGACGGAAGACAUAAGGAGACGAGGCAUGCCAGUGACGGUGAUCACACAACCUACAUCCCUCCUGGGAAAGAUUAAACAGGGGGCGUGGCAACAGGUGAAGAGCAGGCGGACAACCGGAGCCAGGAAGACAUCGAGCUACAGGAAAAAGCUGCAAGUAUUCAUGUGCCCAGAAGAAGAGAACACUGGCUGAAAGUUAUCCUGCCGGUCUGAACGAAAUUACUCCUCUGGUAACAGGGUUUGAUGAUAAUCAUGAAGAGGGUGGGGAGGG